UGUCCCUCGGACACAGCGGAUCACAGAUCACAGAAAGAGCCGAAGAUGGGACAUGUACACUGAUCAUCAGGGCACUGAUGAUCAGUGUGCCCUGAUGAUCAUUGUGGCCCCAGAAGUGCCACCUGUCAGUGUCCAUCAGUGCCAGCAGUCAGUGCUCAUCAGUGCCACAUGCCAGUGCCCAUCAGUGCCACAUCAAUGCCACAUAUCAGUGCAUACCAGUGCACAUCAAUGCCACAUAUCAGUGCCCAUCUGAGCUGCCUUUCAAUGUCACCCAUCAGUGCCAAUCAGUGCCACCUAUCAAUGCCAAUCAGUGCCACCUAUCAGUGUUGCCAAUCAGUGC